UUUGAAAACAAGCAUGCCGUGAGGUAAGACAACUUGUCUCAUCUGUCAGAGCAGUAAUUUCUUUUGAAUGAAGGAAAACUUUUACUAAAUAAUUUGUGGAUUCAAAGAUGGGAGUUCAUGGAUUGUGGAAUCUACUAGAACCGGUUGGCAAACCUGUUCCGCUAGAAACCCUUGAGAAUAAAGUUCUCGCUGUUGAUGUGUCUAUUUGGCUUCAUCAAGCAACUAAAGGUUUCCGGGAUGCCCAAGGAAAUCCAUUACCAAAUGCCCACUUAUUGGGUUUAUGCCACCGUCUUUGCAAGCUAUUGUUUUUUAAAAUCAAACCAGUAUUUGUUUUUGAUGGUGGGGUUCCAGUACUGAAACGACAAACCAUGGCUGCACGUCAUAACAGGAGAGAUACAGCUGUUAAGAACAAUGAUUUAGUUGCAGAGAAAAUCCUUUCAAACUAUAUUAAGUCAGAAGUUAUCAAUAAACAACUUGGCAAAAAUAAAGGGAAAUCUGGAGCCCCUUUGUUAAAAAAGAAAAAAUUGGAACCUGAUCUAUUUGAGCUUCCGCCAAUUCCAAAUCAAAACACUGAGGAAGUUUCUUCAGAAUCAGAUUUUGACGACGAUGCAAAUGGAAAUCUGGGCGCAAUUUCUUUACAUAUGAAAGGUCACAACAUACAUUCAGUAGAUGUUACAAGUGAAGCUUUCCUUGCUUUGCCAACUGAAAUACAACAUGAAAUUCUAUUGGAACUACGAGACACCCGUAAGCAAUCUUCCUGGAACAGGAUUCACCAAAUGCCUCAGGAGGCUGAUGAUUUUUCUGGAUUUCAAAUGGAAAGGCUGUUGAAGCGAAGAAAUUUGCAACAGCGUCUGAAUGAGGUGGUAAAAGAAAUCGGUCAAAAGAAUCAUGAGCAGUUUGCAUUAAAUCAAGGAGACGUAGCUGAGUCACACAAAAUUGCUUCUGACAAUUCUACUCACUACGUAUUGAUUAAAAAAGCUUUACAACACUCUACGUCACCGACAAAAAUUGGACCAAAAAAAGCCACCGACCCGAACGUAAUAGAGCAGCCCAUAAAAGUCGCAUCAGUUAGUAAGAACCUAGCCACCGAACAAAUUUUGGGAGUGGAUGAAGAUGGAUUUAGUCAACAAGAGUUAUUCGCAAUAUUUGGAAGUGAACAAAAAAAAGAACCAGUAAUGUGUAUUAGUUCAUCUGACGAAGAUUCGGAUUUCGAAGAAGUUCCAUCAGCUCUACCAUACCCUGGGAAUAGAGUCAUCCUUGAUAUUCCGAUCAAUCCUGCAAUAGCUGAAGAAGACGACAUGUUUGCUGAUAUAUUUACCUCUGCCGUUCCCUCGAAAACUGAAAAACCAACACAUCAAUCGGAUGAUCUCAGCUCAGUUGAAACGGAUUCGUCAAUGGAAGAACCUGAUGUUUUCGUUGUGCCUGUGGAUAACACUACGUCAUGCAAAGCAACAGAGUCCAUAAUAGCCACUAGUAAAGAAACAAUAUUGAGAUCAACCACUACAACUCUUGAAAAAGAAAAUAUUCUGAUAUUAUCGGAAAUAACACAAGUAACUCAUGGAGCGGAUUUACAACUUAGCGAUGAAAACUCUUUACCUGUCUGUCAAACUAUUGGCGAGCAGCCGCACAAUUUGUCGGAAGUAAUUGAAGUUAUGGUGCAAAAACCUUUAUUAGAAAAUUCAGCGUUCAUCAAGGAACAUGUGUCGUCUCUUCCUAUCCCUAUAGCAAGAAUUUCCACUGAACCACCACCAAUUGUCCAAUGUGACAACUUAUCCCAGGAUGCCUUAGUUAAUACCAUUGAAGAAACUUCGAAAAUGAUAGAUACUCACCAUACUCACAAAAGAAACGAUGUUGAAGGUAGCUUUGAAGUUCGUAAUGUUGAAAUAACAGGAGAAAAUUCUAGAUCUCAAGUGGCUUUUGAAAUUUCGCCUAAAACUGCGAAGUUAAGUGAGCCACCACCACCACCAGUAGUGCACACAAUAACAACCAAGAGAAAAGAAGAACUUGAAGAGAUGGGAAGAGUUAUCAACGAAGAGCAGUCGAUUUUAAUUCAGGAACAUGGACGGCAAGAACGCCUAGCUUCAUCUAUUACAGACCAGAUGUAUUCCGAAUCCCAGGAGUUGCUGAGGCUAUUUGGAAUUCCUUAUCUUGUUGCUCCAAUGGAGGCUGAGGCGCAGUGCGCUUUCUUGGACGAAGCUGGUCUAACUCAAGGCACCAUAACGGACGAUAGCGAUAUCUGGCUGUUUGGAGGACGCCGAGUCUACAAAAAUUUCUUUAAUCAAGGGAAAUUUGUAGAAUUCUUCGAAGCCGAUGACAUAUACAAUGUUUUCAAACUAGGACGCGAAAAACUUGUUCAUUUGGCUCUUUUAACCGGAAGCGAUUAUACUGAAGGAAUUCAAGGUGUCGGACCGGUUUGUGCCCUAGAAAUUUUAGCUGAAUUUCCAAAUCCUGGUUUGGAAGCAUUGGAAGAGUUUAGUAAUUGGCUUCACAAAGUCCAGGCCAAGAAAAAUGCACCUCCAGAGAAUAAGAUUCGACAGAAAAUACGAAAUCUACAAGUUAAACCCGGUUUUCCGAAUAGAGCCGUUGUUGACGCAUACCACAAUCCAGAAAUUAAUGCAUCUCGCAGUAAAUUUUCUUGGACUGAUCCUGAUAUGGAUGCGCUACGAGAUUUUCUUCAUGAAAAAAUUGGAUGGAAUCGAGAUAAGUUUAACUCUGUGGUGACCCCAGUUCUCGAAAGAUUCAAAGACAAACAAUGUCAAACGAGAAUUGAUACUUACUUUUCUGUAAAAUUUCCACCUAAAAUGGCUACUAUAGUCAGUAAAAGAGUUAUGAACGCUCUUCGCAAAGCUGACUUUGGUGGGGAAGAUACAGAAAUAGAGAACACCAUCAAAACAUCUUCCAACUCCAAAGCACCCACAGGAAAAGAACAGCUAAGUCAACAACCUGCACGUAGUAAGAAGAUUUUGAAAACUACAAAAGUUUCAGACGAACCAAAGGCAUCUACUUCGGGUGACAGCAGCAAAGCACCUGAAAUCAUCUGGCAAAAAGAAAAUGACAAGAAAAAACUAGUAGCAAACAAAUUAAAAGCAAUUGAGUUGUUUAAGAAAUCCAGGGGUCGUGGCAAACGUCUUUCUCGUCAAUCUCGACCAGCGUCUUCUCGUGCGCAAUUAUCAGAGUCGGAUUCAAAUUCAUCUUAAAUUAGAGCAUCGGUAACACAGGCACCGCAAGUCUUUGCCUUUACUUGCUUGUUUGUUUUUAAACGAUAAUUGAAAUCAUAAAUGAUAAAUCUAAGUUGAAUUAGUGUAUGGAAUGUUGUGAUGUUUCACCGAAUUUUCUCAUAAAUGUUUUUCUCUCUCUUUUCACUCCCUCUCCUUCUCUCGUAUACCAACGCGGGUAAUGUUGUGUGAAGUAACACGAAAAAAAACUUCUACCAAA